AUGUCCGACGUACGCGCCGCGCGACUCGAGCUAUGGAAACUCUUCGACCAAAGCCUACAGAGUUCUCUAGCGAGCCAGAGCCCACCAUCAGUCUUCCACGUCGCCCGGGCCAUCCGCCGAUACGACGUGCUCGACGCGAGCAAAAACGCGGUUCGUCGCUGGUUCUCGCACCGAUACGCUGUGCUGUUCGAACAGUACACGGGCCUCGACGUGCGACGAGAGUUCUUCGCGGCGCGAUCGGCCAAGGAGCAGUGUGAGGGUUGGCGCCUGGGGGCGGAUGCGCUGCGGGUGUGGGUUGAGCAGUGGAUGCCGGCGGUGGAAAAGGUGUCGUGUCCAGCUCCCUCCCUCCUUUAA